AUGCCUGCACCGAAUCUCUGCAUCAAGGGGAUUAAAAUCCACAGGCAUUUACUCAAGUAUAUGUUUCCGCAAGUCAUUGAUGGACAAAUUGACACGAUUAAGUUUCUCAAUGCUUCGCGAAACGUCAUGCAAAUCAUCGAUAAAUUUGGAAAGGUUUUUGCGGCCCUAAAGUAUGAUAUGCUGAACAACAUCGAGAAAAUCUCCCAGAGGUACAACAUUGACAAAAUCAGUCAUGCGACACUUCAGAAUUUGAUUCUGAUGGAGAAGAAGACAGGGAAGAAUGCGGUUGCUGCUGAUGCUCUACUCUGGCUCGCCAGAGAAUUGAAGAUGAUUCAGAUCCUGUUUGAUAAGAUGAUUAAAGCUGAGAGGGCGAACGUGUCCAUUGAGGAUCUUGGGCCGAAGAUCAGUGAGGCGUAUGUGGAGGUCAUGGGUACACAUGAGUGGAUGGCGCAGCAAUUGUUCUCACUAUUGGCAAAAACGCCCCCCUCGCGCACCCAAGUGCUCCUAUCCCUAGCUGAAAACACUCCAGGAGUUGAGGAGACAACGAUAAACACCCUGGACAUAAUCUCCAAGCAGUUGCAAUCGAAUCUGAUAAUUCUGAAGAGUUUUUUGUACGACAACGACAUCGGACAUGUACUAUAA